CCGAAAACACCGAAUCUCAACGCCAUCGCUUUCUCUCUGCGACACUGCGCCCAGGCCUCUGCGACUUCCGAACCUCACUCGCCGUCGUCCGCGAACGUCUGCAAUGCAUCGCCUCCUUCUGCCAGCCGUCCCCAGGCUGCGUGCCUUCGUCACCCCCAAAUGCGCCUCGCCGCUCCGCACGCGACCAACAGCAGCUCCAUGCCUCCUCUGCGCACACCGUAUACCACCCAAGCCGUCGCAGCAGCGCCGUCAGCAGCAUACAUCCACUUCAACAGCUUUCGAUUCGCGGCCUCUCGAACAAAGGCAAACGCACUACACCUUCUUCCCCGCCACGCUGCCUUCCGGGCCACCGCCACACGGUCCCUUUGACAUCGAUACAACGGCCCUGAAGCGCGAAUUUCUGCGGCUACAGGCGCGUGCGCAUCCUGAUGUACACCCACCGGAGAACAAGCAUAAAGCGCAAGCGCUGAGCGCAAGGAUAAACGAGGCGUACAAGACAUUGCAGAAUCCGCUGCUAAGGGCACAGUAUCUGCUCAGCUUGAGAGGGAUAGAGGUUGCGGAAGAUGAGACAGCCAAGGUAGAAGAUCCAGAGCUGUUAAUGGAGGUGUUGGAGACGAGGGAGCGGAUUGAAGAGGCGGCGGGCGAGGCGGAUCUUGCCGAGAUGAAGACAGCAAAUGAUGCGAGGAUCGAGGAGAGCGUGAAGAUCCUGGAGGACGCCUUUAAUAACGAUGAUGUGGAGUCGGCGAAACACGAGGCUGUGAAGCUGCGGUAUUGGAUCAACAUCAAGGACAGCCUGGAUCACUGGGAGAAGGGGAAGCCCGUUGUGCUGGACCACUAGGCGGCAUGGCGUUUGACGAGGGGAAACGAGUGUAAGAGUACCAUGUGUAUGAUGCAUAUACUAUGUUCGACAAUCAAUGAGCAUAUAUCCUGACAGGCGAUCCUAA